UUUUUUUCCUCAUAAAAGUGUAAUUGGUCAGAGUCUCCCAGCUUCGAAGCACGAGCGGAGCGAGGCAAACCAAAAAUCCAGUUCGCUUCGUUGCCAUAUUCAAUUCUUGUUCAUCUUCCUCAAAUUCAGCUCGAAAGUUCCAACCUUUAAUUCUUUAAUGGAGAUUCUCCAUCCCGAUCAAGCAACCUCAAACGGGUUCUACAAGAAUGUGCAUAAAAGAAAGCAAAAUCAAGUUGAUGAUGGACUUUGUUCCGAUUCUGAAGCAAAGCGGUUAAAGAGUUCAUCCAAAGUGAUUGAUUACUCUAACCCAUUUGCAAUUAGUAACAUGCUUGAAGCAUUAGAUGGUGGUAAAUUUGGGAGUGUUACUAAAGAGUUGCAAGAGAUAGCUGAUAUGAGGAUGGAUUUGAUUAAGCGUUGUAUUUGGUUAUAUCCAUCGUUAGCGUAUACCGAGUUUGAAGAUGAGAAGACGAUGUUGAGUUUGGAUAAUCAACAGGUUGUGGAAGGUGGUGUUAUUAAUUUGGAUGAUGAUGAUGAUGAUGAUGAUGAUGUUUCGAAUAAAGCUAUUUGUGUUGUUCCUUCGUCUGAGAUUGUGGUUCUUGAUUCUGAUGAUGAAGACAAUGAGAGGCAGAGGUCUACGUAUCAGUUUCAGUCUACUCUUGUACAGCUUCAGAAGAAUCAAGGAGAUGUGACUCCAGUAACACCGCAAUUCACUUUUGAGGAGGUCGAUUUAGGGAGGAGUAAGGAGAUGAUGCCUUCUGUAAUUAAGGCCAUUGUGGAGGGACAAACAAGUAGAGACAAAGUCAUUGCCAUAGAAAAUGGUGUGGCUAACGAAAAGGGUGUCUACGUGGGGGUUGAGGAUGAUGACAUUGAUAAUGAGUCUGAAGCAGCAGAUGAAGAUCUCGGUAAUAUCUGGAAUGAAAUGGCCAUGUCUAUAGAGUGUUCCAAGGAUAUAGCAUGGGAGACUUCGCAUAAGCAAAAGGCAGAUGUAGUGGAAGACUGUGAGCACUCAUUUAUUCUAAAGGAUGAUAUGGGUUAUGUUUGCCGUGUCUGCGGAGUUAUUGAGAAAAGUAUACUAGAGAUAAUUGAUGUGCAAUUCACUAAAGCAAAACGAAACACAAGAACAUAUGCCUCUGAAACUAGAAAUAAAAGGUUUGGCGAAUCUGAUGCUGAACUUAAGUUUUCUGAAGAAGGGCUUAUGAUAGGUGGACUUGCUGCUCAUCCAACGCAUGCUGACAAAAUGAAGCCUCAUCAAAUUGAGGGAUUCCAGUUCCUUUGCAGCAAUUUAGUGGCAGACGAUCCUGGUGGUUGUAUCAUGGCUCAUGCUCCAGGUUCUGGAAAAACCUUCAUGAUCAUCAGUUUUAUGCAGAGCUUCCUUGCUAAGUAUCCUCAGGCUAAGCCACUGGUUGUGCUUCCAAAGGGAAUUUUGUCUACAUGGAAAAAAGAGUUCCUUAGAUGGCAAGUUGAGGACAUACCACUGCUUGAUUUCUACAGUGCUAGAGCAGAAAACCGAGCACAGCAGCUGGCUAUCUUGAGAAAAUGGAUGGAGAAGAAGAGUAUCUUAUUUCUUGGGUACAAGCAGUUCUCAACUAUUGUGUGUGAUGAUACAAGUACCGACUCACUUUCUUGCCAGGAGAUACUGCUCAAAGUACCUUCGAUCCUCAUUUUGGAUGAAGGACACACUCCAAGGAAUGAGGACACAAAUGUAUUGCAGUCCCUUGCCCAAGUCCAAACACCAAGAAAAGUUGUCCUCUCAGGAACGCUUUAUCAGAACCAUGUAAAGGAGGUUUUCAACAUUUUGAACCUCGUUCGACCCAAAUUCCUCAAACUGGAUACCUCCAAGUCUAUCGUGAAGAGGAUAUUGAGUUAUGCUCCUAUAUCUGAUGUAAGGUCACAUAUGGGAAACAAUUCAGAUGUGUCUUCGGCCUUCAAUGAAAUUGUGGAGUACACACUGCAGAAGAGCGAGGAUUUCACGAUGAAAAUUAAUGUAAUCCAAGAUUUGCGGGAGAUGACAAAGAAAGUGCUUCAUUACUACAAAGGAGAUUUCCUAGAUGAGCUUCCUGGACUUGCUGAUUUCACUGUGGUUCUUAACCUGUCUCCAAGGCAGUUGAACGAAGUGAAGAAGUUAAGACGUGAGAAGAGAAAAUUUAAGGUUUCGGCUGUGGGAAGUGCAAUUUACCUUCACGCGAAGCUGAAAGUUUUCUCUGAGAAGCGUGAGUUAAUGGAAAGGUUUAACAAUUCGCCAGAUGCCAAAAUCUUCUUUGGUUCGAUAAAAGCAUGUGGAGAAGGAAUCUCACUUGUUGGAGCAUCUCGCAUACUGAUAUUGGGUCCUCUAAACCCUUCUGUGACACGCCAAGCCAUCGGGCGGGCUUUUCGACCCGGACAAACAAAGAAGGUGCAUGCAUACAGAUUGAUUGCUGGGUCAUCACCUGAGGAGGAGGAUCACAACACUUGCUUCAAAAAGGAAGUCAUCUCAAAGAUGUGGUUCGAGUGGAACGAGUACUGCGGAUACCGAAACUUUGAGGUAGAGACAAUUGAUGUGGAUGAUGCUGAUGAUAUGUUCCUUGAAAGUCCUACCUUAAGAGAAGACAUAAGAGUUCUCUACAAAAGGUAA